CAGAAGAAAUGGUGACACCGCUAUGAUUUAAACCCUGUUGCCUUUGAGCUUUUUAUCCUGCGAUGAAUUGAGACAAAAACUGACAAAACUGACAACGGGGCGAACAUAGGGUCCGGGGCUGAGUCGGAAAGAGGUCGCCGAAUCCAUCCCCUAGGUAGAUCAACGAUCAGCCCAACUGGCGACUGGCGAUAACUGCAAAUGCAAGAAGACCCAUCUAUCACCCCAAAUACCAGGAAAUAGGACGCCCGCCAGUCUUACGUAGACACAUAAGCAGCAAGACAGAGCACAUGAACAUGACGUACUAAUAGUAUACUGUAUUGACUCGUAUAAUGAAAUUUAUACUCACCACAGACUUGCUGGCGUCCUGGGCGCGCCUCGCUACCUUUCAAGGCUAUCAAUAUCAGCCCCAUUAUCGUCCAGGGAAAAGCUAUGACUCUUCUUCUUUUUUUUUUUCUUUCUCUUUCCUCUCUUUCCCCAUCAGCCGUGAGACCGACGGCCUGUUCCAGAAAUGGUCAGAAAGGGUGGGGAGAGGAGAGAUUUCUUCAUCGCUUUCCGUCCUCCGGCCGGCAACGGUACUUUCCCAGAACAUACACUUGUACCGCCUGUGCAUUUAUCCCUUGUGACAGGCAUUCCAUUGGGCAUGCCAUGUCAGUGACGAGGUUGUUGCGGAGCAAGCUGAUUGGAUGCACCCUUUAUGGACAAUUGCCUGAUUGGUUAAAGAGAAAAGUUUCUACCGAGUUGAUAAUCUGGCUAACAAAACCCGUGGACGAUUGAAUAUGCGUGCGUAUCGGUGGCCAAGAUGGUUUAUGGAUCCCCUUGCCGCCCCAAAAAGUACUCGUCCGAAAAGCCUCGACGCUGGGCAUCAUCGGGCUUUGGAUAGACGAGCGGGAGCCAUGUAAUGUAGCCAUGAGCCAUGUUCUACCUCAUUUGUCACGGUCUGGGUCCAACCAAGCAGCACUGGCCAGACGCCCCCCCGAGAG